GUUGAAAGAAGACAUUGUUUGGGUAUCCUUUCACUUAUUCCAUUUCUAUUCUUUUCUUGUGUUCCUCAUAACAUCUUCACCAUCAUCCACAAUCACCGACUCAACAACUCCAUUCAUUCCCAUGGCUUCUUCAAUUCGACCUACUCUUUCUCUCCUCAAUCGCUCUCCUCGUCUCUCUUUCUCCCGUUUUUCAACCGCAGUAGCAGUAGUUCCACAAUCCAAGAGUUUUGGAUUGAAAGCGUGUUGUAGAAUGAUGAGAAAAAAUGGGAACUCCGUUAGAGUUAUGGCAUCUACACCUGUCACUGCUUCACCAGAAAAUGUACUGGAAUGGGUCAAACAAGAUAAAAGAAGAAUGCUUCAUGUUGUUUAUCGUGUUGGCGACUUGGAUAGAACCAUUAAAUUCUAUACUGAGUGUCUGGGAAUGAAGCUCCUUAGGAAGCGUGAUAUACCGGAGGAGAAGUAUACUAAUGCUUUUCUUGGAUAUGGACCGGAGGACUCACACUUUGUUAUUGAACUUACAUACAAUUACGGAGUUGACAAGUAUGAUAUUGGAACUGGAUUUGGCCAUUUUGGUAUUGCUGUUGAUGAUAUUACAAAAACAGUGGAACUAAUAAGAGCUAAGGGGGGCAAAAUAUCUAGAGAACCUGGUCCUGUCAAAGGAGGCAAAACAGUAAUUGCAUUUAUUGAGGAUCCUGAUGGUUACAAAUUUGAACUUUUGGAAAGAGGCCCUACUCCUGAGCCAUUGUGCCAAGUGAUGCUUCGAGUGGGUGAUCUUAAUCGAUCAAUCGAAUUUUAUGAGAAGGCUUUUGGUAUGGAGCUGCUUCGAACACGAGAUAAUCCAGAGAACAAGUAUACCAUAGCAAUGCUGGGUUAUGGUCCUGAAGAUAAAACUACUGUUCUGGAGCUGACCUACAAUUAUGGAGUCACUGAAUAUGAUAAAGGAAAUGCUUAUGCUCAGAUUGCAAUAGGUACAGAUGAUGUGUACAAAACUGCCGAAGCAAUUAAACUAACCACUGGAAAGGUUACUCGGGAACCUGGACCAUUGCCUGGUAUCAACACAAAAAUUACUGCAUGCUUGGACCCUGAUGGAUGGAAGACGGUUUUUGUAGAUAAUAUUGAUUUUCUUAAGGAGUUGGAGUAGAAGAGUAUUUAGGUAGGUCAUCCAUCAUCACUGCAACCUUGUAACAUCUGUAUCAAACCUCUGCCAAAGAAUUGGUAUGUCUAUAUGAAGCAAGAAGAUUGAGAAAGCAUCAUAUCCAAAUCCGAUUUUGUAGAAAAUGUAAUGAUGACUCUAGCGACGGUGCUUGUAACAAAUUCAAUGGAUUGUUUCAUGGUCUAUAUAUACAACACAAGUAAUUUCAUUCA